CCUUAGUGAGAAGAGAGAACAGAACAAACCUUCUUCCACUCUCAAACAGACCUACGUCUCUUUUUCCUUUUUUUUUUCUUUUUUUUUUCUUUCUCUCAACGAUCCGAUCCUUCUAAAAAUCUUUUCCAAAUCCUUCUGAUUCAUAAUUUCCAACUCAGUUUCUUCAUUAUAGUUCUUGAAUCUCGAGAAAAAAACACGGUUUUUUCUUGAUUUUUUUGCUUAAUUUUUGGUUUCCAUUUGCUCUGUUUGCCGUCGAUCAAGGUACUGCCGUCUGAAAGAAAAAACCCUAGUUUCUAAUUUACGAUGGCUGCUUCUAAUUUACCGGAUGCUGAUUCGGUGACGGCAUCGAUUGCAGAUCAUUCUCCUCGUAAUUCUGGACAGAAUAACAACAGUAGCAGUGGGAGUAGUCCCAAAUCAUCAUCACGUCGUUCUGGUGGACGUACAGUGUCCUCUUCUCCAUGGACACGGAUUGUUCGUGGUGAAAUAGAUGUCGCGGCGGUUGUUUCGUCAUCUGCAUCUCCGACUGCUGUUGUUGAACCGGUUUCGUUUUUCUCUUCUUCGUCGUCUGAAGAGCCAGUGGGUGAGAGUUAUGAUGGUGGGAAUGGGUCGACUGCCAAUGCUGGAAAGAAGCCAGCGUGGAACAAACUCGCUAAUGGAACUGAGGCUGGGCCUGUCAUGGGGGCUGUGUCUUGGCCCGCUUUAUCGGAGUCUGCUAAGGGUACUCCUAAAUCAUCUUCGGAUUCACUUAAAAGUUUAGGGGAUGGAUCUGCUGGCGCGCAGGGGACAGGAACUUCAUCAUCCGCAUCAUCAAACAAAGAAGGUAAUAAUGAUGUUAGUCCUAAUCCUGAUUCAACUCUUACUCAUCCAAUAACUUCGCGCCAGAAAUCAAUGAGGCGUAAUGGUUCGAGUAAUUCAUAUAAUAGUAGCCUCCCUCAACAGUCUGCACCUUCAAGUCCUGUAAUUGAUACGGCUCCUAAUAAUUCUCCAAAGGAUCAGACACAGAGGACCACAUUUGUAUCAUCACAAUCACAUAGUGAUCAUGGUCAUCAACAACCACGCAAUUCAUAUCGGAGUCGUGGUGGUGGUUCACAUCCACGGGGUGACAAUUCCCAUCAUCAUAACUAUGGUUCUAGACGUGAUCACGAUCGUGGAAAUCAAGAUUGGAAUUCAAACCGAAAUUACAAUGCACAACCUCAUAGAGUGGUUCACAGGUUUAUUAGACCUUCUCCACCUCCACCUCCUAAUACUACUGGCUAUAUUUCUUCUCCAACAAUGAGAGCUAUUGGUGGUCCGCUACCCUUCCCUGAUUUUGCUCCUCCAGUGGUGUAUAUUGGUCCGCCUCCUCCAGAGGCUCUUAGAGGUGUACCUUUUGUGGCUCCAAUAUCACCAAAUGCGAUGUUUUUUCAUGGCCCAGACCCUCAGUUGUAUGCUAUGAUAGUGAGUCAGAUAGAAUACUAUUUCAGUGGUGAAAAUUUAAUAAAGGAUACUUUCUUGAGGCAGAACAUGAAUGAAGAAGGAUGGGUUCCAGUUAAAUUAAUUGCAAGCUUCAGCAAGGUUCAACGCCUGACUGAAAAUAUUCAAACCAUAUUGGAUGCAUUGCAAUCAUCUACAGUAGUGGAAGUAAAGGGAGAUACAGUAAGGAGGCGACAUGAUUACGAUAGAUGGAUUAUUCGACCUGGUCAAGUUCCUAAUAUUUCCGGCCCACUAAGCCCAUUAAGCCCCGGAAGUUCCAAGCAGGAUAUGCUGGCAGCUGGUGUUAAAGGUAUUGCACUAGAGAAUAUUAAUCAUAGGGUCUCUGAAGGUGGACAGGGUGACGUUCAUGUUGAUGAGGCAUCCCACGGUGACAAUAAUACCAAGGCGGGUUCAGAGCAUUCAUCUUCUGAGAGGAUUUAGACCAAGUUUGUGCUCUGAACCCCCACGUCCUUCUGGAUGAAAUCUAGAUGUGGGUUGUAGAGAUUAAAUGAGGAGAUGGUAGUGACAUGGUUUGCUCGACGAAUAUUCUCUUCUCUUGAUGCCAAGUAAAUUGGUAAGCUGAAGUUGAAGAGGAGGAGGAACAAUUUUUCUAAACAAAAAAAGAAAAAAAAAAAAAGAAAAGAAAAAACAAAAAGUCUAUAACUUAAACUUAAAAAAUUAUUAAGAAAAAGAAAAAAAAAAAGACUAUAACAGAAGUUCCUUUUAUGGUGGAGGGUAGCAUUUUUGGUUUUGUGGGCUGCUGUUGGCUGGCUGGUAUGCUUUGUUUCUUAAGUUUAUAUUCUUUUUUUGUUGUGAUUUUGGUUUUUGGUGAUGGUGGCAUGUACUUAAUGAUGUGGGGGAAUUUUGAUUUGCUUCCCCAUGGCUGCCCCUAAGCUGGUUUUUUGAUAUCUUUGGGGUCAGAGAACUUCGAGCUCUUCAAUGAGAGAACAAACAAACAACACGGUGAUUGGUAAAAGAAGUUGGGAAAUGUUUUGAGUUUCGUUGUGCAAGGUGAGUAUCUAGAGCUGCAAUUGCUGUUCUAAAUCUUGAAGGUUCUUUCCAUCUUCUUUUAUUAUUAUUGUUUUAUCAGAGACUUUGCCAUGGCGUUUUGCUCUAUAAAUAUCUUUCAACUUUGAAUGAUGAUGAGGCAUUAGGAACUUCUGAAGAUUGGACUCCCCACCUAAUUAUAUGUUCUGAAGUUUUUUGUCCAAUUGAUAUAUUAUUUUGCUUGACAUAUCUUCAUUUUAUUGAUACGUUUUGUUUCGGAACAAACAUUCUUGAGAAUGGGAAUUUGGAAUACCAGUUAACAUUAUUUCUGCAUUUCUCGCAA